GCUUGGCCCUGUGCCGACUCCGUUUCCACUGUUGAUGUCCAUGGGACACGCCGGUGGGCGGUGGUUCCAUCAUAAUCUAACUGGUUUAGAAGCGGAGAAAUUACUGCUACAGAAGGGUGUCAGCGGUAGUUUUUUGGCGCGCCCCAGUCACAGCACUCCUGGCAGCUUUACCCUUUCCGUCCGUCGCGGCGAUGAGGUUACUCACAUACGUAUACAAAACACGGAGGAGUUUCUUGAUCUUUAUGGUGGGGAGAAGUUCGCCACUCUGUCGGAGUUGGUCACUUAUUACAUGGAGAAUGAAGGCCAGCUGAAAGAAAAGAACGGUGAUGUAAUUGUUCUCAAAUAUCCGCUUGUUUCUGAAGAUCCCACUAAAGAGAGAUGGUUCCAUGGACAGAUAACGGGCAAGCAAGCUGAGAACAUGCUUCUCGAACGUGGCAAGUAUGGUGGCUUUUUGGUGCGCGAGUCUGUUCAUCGUCCUGGUUCUUAUGUGCUCUCGGUCUUAACAGGCGAGCAAGUAGCUCACAUCAUGAUCCAGCGCAGACCAAAUGGAAUGUACGAUGUCGGUGGGGGCCACCAGUUUUCCAAUCUAAAGCAGUUGGUGGAAUUUUACUACCAUACGCCGAUGGUGGAGAAAAACGGGGGGCUUGUAUUCCUGAAACAACCUUUCAAUACGACCCGAUUUAAUGUAUCAACUAUUGACCAAAGAAUCAGGCAGCUGGAACAGGAAAGUGGGCAUCAGGGUGGACUGCCUGGUUUUCUUGAAGAAUUUGAAGAAUUACAUCAGGAACCUCAGGCAAGUUAUCUUAACUAUAUCAUUUUACAAUGCCCAGCGUACCGGUUGUGCGUAUCACUUGGCGUAUCACUUGCCAACACUUGGUGCACUUUUCUCAUGCUAGGCUGUAAUCUUAUUGAUCCCACAUGUGUUUCUUUAUUUCAGACAAAAAAUAGUUCUCGAGAAAAGGGGUCAAUGGCGUACAAUCGAGAUAAAAAUCGGUAUAAAAACAUACUCCCGUUUGAUCGAACACAAGUCGUACUCUUAGACGGUGAUCCCAACGAACCUGGCUCCGACUACAUCAAUGCCAACUAUAUUUGCUGGCCUGUCCAGCUUACCGAAUCUCUAUCCAAUGGCAACUCUUCUUCAGCUAUGACCAGUAGUGGACUUGGCAAUACUCAUCAGCUGCAGUCCGCCAAACUGGGUACUGGGUCUUCAGUUGGAUGUCUCACCGUUGGACACAAUAUCACCCAACCUGUUUCAUCAAUGAAUUCCGCCGCACCGUUCUUUUUCAAUGGAAAACCUCGUUACAUUGCCACCCAAGGUGUAGUACAUUCCACGCAAGACUCUUUCUGGCGUAUGUGCUGGCAAGAGCGAAGCGCAGUGAUCGUGAUGAUAACAAAAAUUGUUGAAAGAGGUCGCAAUAAAUGCGUCCGCUAUUGGCCUACGGAGCAAGAAGGGGAGCUGACUUUCCAUACUUAUGGUCAUACUCUGCGUGUGCGACACAUUUCCGAACGCAAUUCCGUGAAUUAUACGCUUCGACAGUUGCUUCUGAUUCGAGAGCCCUGCGAGACCGGAAAGCCGCAGCCCUCGGACCAACUUGUCACUAGUGGUUCAAACAUUAACACUUUGGAAACAACCCAGGAGUCUGGUCUGCUUUCGAAGAAUCCCAAUUCUGAUCUCGCCUCUUCACAUCCCAAAUCAACCGUUCCGUCGGAUACGAAUACUGACCCCACAGACGACCGAAGUUUCACUGUCUACCAUUACCACUUCACUGUGUGGCCGGACCACGGAACACCAAGUGACCCGUCCUGUGUGCUGGAUUUCAUGCACGACAUUUCUGCCAGACAAGAGAGUAUAUCGGGCUCGGGGCCAACCAUCGUGCACUGCAGUGCGGGCAUCGGCCGAACUGGGACAUUUAUUGUGAUAGAUAUGUUGAUCAACUACAUCAAAACGAUGGGCCUCAACUGUGACAUCGACAUUUCGCGAACCAUUCAAAUGGUGCGUGAGCAACGUUCGGGCAUGGUCCAGACGGAGACCCAGUAUCGAUUUAUCUACAAAGCAGUACAGCAAUACGUGAAUACAAUGUCCGAACGUGUGAAGUUGGACAAUGACCUCCGACCUACUGGGCGUGAUUACACAAAUAUCAACCGUGCUGCGGAUGAUGUCGGAAAUCUGGCCUCCGUACGUGCUGCAGCAGUUGGUAUAUAUCCUCCCAAUACAUCUCAACCCGUGCCGAUCGGCAUCUCUGCUGGCAGCCCAACCUCUGCUUCAGAGGCACAAAAUGCCACACCAAAUCCCACUUGUUCUCCCAAUUCAGGUGCUUCACCAACAAACUUCACGACAUCUUCUUCACCUCCGAAAACCCUAUCAUCUUCAGUCGGCUCCCGAAACUCGGGAUGCCUCCUUCAUGGCACCGGACAGCGAAAACAUGGCUCACGGCAUCAUUCCAUGACCCAUAACUUGGAUCAGUGUUCCUGUGGUCGAUCACAGUCGAAUGCCUCCAACACUCCUAAUGCUUCCAAUACGUCAUUGUCUGCUGCCAGCGGGCGUCACUCCACCCCAGUGGUUACUGGACUACUUCAACGACUUACCAAUAGUGGUCGAUCGAAAGCACGCCCUUGAUCCGAGGAUACUUCAGUGAGCUUUCCCUCAAUUGGAUCUCAUUCCAAAUGUUGACUUCCAUAUGCCGUGCCCAUACAUACAUACAUUCCCUCCGUUCACCUUGUAAAGUGAUAUACAUGGGUUUUACACCUUUCUGCUGGUAGUGUGUAAGCCAGCAAGUAUUUAUGUUUGCUGCCUGGCUGCCAGUACCAGCUAAACGCUCGCGCCCCCUUCCUGACCUCUACGCCGAUUGUGUACUGCUUGGAUUUCAGUCUGUUUGGGCACCCAUGCAAUACCAGCUUCUCGCCUGUACCCCAAGUUGCCAUUAACUGUCCUGCGUUGUGCGUCCUUCAUCACUAUGAAUGUCAUGAAGUUUUCCCCGUUCACCGAUACUUUUAACAUUCCCAGUCCCACUUUCCGGUCGAACGUUGUAUGUACAUUUACGCUGCUUGAUGCCUGUGAUUUUGCAUUACUUAGCAUAUGUACAUAGCAACCCUGAUUUCCCCGUUGUCGCUCUUAUUAACUUUGUUUGCCUUUAAACUACUAGUACAUUGUUUUCUGCAUCGCAUUGUGUAUCGUUGUUUCUUAAUCUUCUAUUGAACUUUACUGUAAAUGCCAUCACUUUAAUUCCUAAAGUGUGGUUCUCUCGAAUAGGAGUGCGUCUGCCCUCGAAUAUUGUUAGUCCCUAGAUUCUCUUCGUUCCAUUAUGCUUUAAGUGCAUCACUGGCCCGCUUGUACAAGCUGGCACAACGUUGCUGCUUAUUUUCAGUUUUUGUUUUUCUAUUUGCGCACAUCUCAAUUUGAUUCAAUAAUGCGAA